AUGACAGAUACUCCAAACUCCCCACUGAAGAGUACGACAAAGUCUGCCAGCUCAUCCACUAAAGUUAUUGAUUCUUUACAUUCCAAAAUAGAUGAAUUAACUGAUGAAUUAACUGCGUUAAAGCAAUCACAUCAAGAGUUGACGAAAAAACAUUCCAUUACAGCUAAGAAAAAUGAUUCCUUUGUUGAUCAAUUAGCUAAUGCCAAACAUGAAAAUGAUAUGUUAUCGGCGUUAUUAAAAAGAAAAGAACGUCGUAUUUUGGAUUUAGAAGACCAAUUUAAUGAGUUAACUAGUCAAAAUGAAAGUUUGGUGCUUAGCAAUAAGAAUAUGAAAAUUAGAUGUGAAAAUUUACAAUCCAACUCUAAUGCUAAUAUUGCUGAAUUUGAAAGAUUGAAAAUCAGUUAUGACGCGUUGAUUGCUUCUCAAAUGGAGUAUAAGAAUCAUUAUCAGCAAGAAUUAAACAGUUUACAAACUGCUUUUGAUAACUAUAAAUUGGAAAACACUAGACGAUUUGAGGAAUUACAAACUUCUAUUGUCAGUAAUGAUAAAGAUAUUGACACUUUAUUGGAUUCUUUAACCAACAAACGUAAGGCUAUGGACAAUAUUUAUGUCAAUAAAAAUAACAAAGUAUUACAAUUGUUGGGAAAUUUAGCUCAUUUGGCCAAAUUACAUGGACAAGAUACUAAAUCUCAAGUUGAACAAAAUGUAAGUGUUAUAGAGCAAUUAUUGGCUAAGCAUCCUGAUUUGCAAGAAAAGAUAUUGGAAAAGGAAAAAAUUGAAGUUGAUUUAGCUGAGAUUAUAGCUCAUAGCAAUGAUGUGUUAGCAAAUAGUUCAUUCGACGAGGACACAACUUUAAUCAAUUCUCCAGAUUUGGAAAAUAACCAAAAUUUCAAUACUACUCACAGCACUUCUGGUUCGGCUACUCCUAACAGCAACAGUCAUUCUUUACAAUCGAAAAAGAGAAAGAACUAUAAACGUAAUUCCUUGAUUUUGAAAGAACUGCCACCAAUCAUACUGGAAAAUGUUCCAAGUUCUUUACCAAAGAAGCCUCAGGUUAAUAAUAAUCUUAUCAACAUACCUAAAGCUAGAUCCAAGUUUAAUACCCCACCAACAACACCUAGACAAUUUACAAACCACAAUAACGACUUUGAAGUAACACAUCAAUGGAAUGGCAACAAUAACAUCAAUAACCAUCGUCGUAACAACAGUGUUGAUUCUAGAUCAGAUAACAGUCAACAUCGUCGUAACAAUAGCUACGAUUCCAGAUCAGAUCAUGGCCAACACCGUCGUCAACCAAGUCAGCAAAAUAAUAACUACAACAACAACAACUACAACAACAACAACAAUAAUAAUAACAAUAACAGUAAUAAUGGUUUUGUUAAACGAAGUGGUUCUGUUAGAAAUGUUAACAAUUAUAACAACAAUAAUGGGAAUGCUAACAAUAAUGGUAACAACCAUGGGAAUAAAUCUAAAAGAAGAUCGACCUAUAAUAACAACAACAACAACAAUAGCAAAAGAAAUUCGCAACUUUUCGAUAAUAACUUUGUAUUAAAUGUAUAG